UUUUUCUUAGGUGAGGAAAGAAUUUACUUAAGCUCAGACAGCAUUGAUCCCUCCGAUUUGAAUUCGAAAGAUGAUUCUGUCUUCUCCCCUGAAUUUUUGAAUAGCAUUAAAGUUUCCGGACUGCCUAAUCAUGCUCUAAGACUUAGAAUUGGUACACCGGUUAUGAUUUUAAGGAACAUAGAUCCUACAGAAGGUUUAUGUAACGGCACUAGGCUCCAGAUAACACAACUUGGAAUCCAUAUAAUCGCAGCUAAAUUCAUCACUGGCACUAGAGUUGGAGAGAAGGUCUUCUUACAUCGUCUUCUGAUUGAACCUUCAGAUGAAAGCCUUCCAUUUAAAAUGAGGCGGAGGCAGUUUCCUCUUAAAGUCGCAUUUGCAAUGACAAUUAACAAGAGCCAAGGGCAAACAUUAUGCAAUGUUGGGUUGUAUCUUCCUAAACCAGUCUUCUCUCAUGGACAAUUGUAUGUUGCUGUUUCUCGGGUCAAGUCGAGGAGGGGGUUAAAGAUUCUUAUUACCGACAAAGAUGGAAAUCAUCAACGGUCGACGAUGAAUGUUGUGUACAAGGAGGUUUUUCAAAACCUUUUCGACAAGGAAACGUGAAGUUACAAUACCUUCAAGAAUCCAGGUACCGAUUAGUUAUUUUCCUAAUACUCUUUCGGAUUGAAUAAAUAUAAAACUUAUCAAUGUGGUGAUCUAUAAUAUGCAGAAAAUAUGGUAUUGUUCUUUGGUGUUUUCUGAAGAUUGGAACUACUACGAGAAGCAUAUGUAAGUUUUUGUAUAAUUUGUGUAUAAAUAUAACUGUUCUUAUCGUGGCAAUAAUAUAGGAUUGGUUUAAUGUAUUUUCAAUAGGGAAGAACCAAUAUUACGGCAGUGACUAAGGAAGUGUGCGAGUUUAUCAUUCUAAAGUUAUCCAGCAACCUGGCGAAGCUAUUCGAAAAAGAAACGACGAAAUUACUUUUCAUUUUCUAUACUUGAACAGCAAUCUACAUGGAUUAAUUCUAUUGACAUUAUGAGAAACUCACCUAAUAAUUUUCAUGUACGUUGGAUGCAUGGUGAACUCAAGGUGUGAAGUUGCUCCUUCGCUUGACUUUAUAUCAAAACUUCCUGCUUCUUUAUUGAAGCCUGUCAUAAUAGAAUAAUUUUUUUUAAUGUUUAGCAGGGGUUGGAAAAAAAGAAAUUAUAUUCGAUGAAAGUCUUAAUAUAUCUUAGUUGGUUUUGUAAACCGAAACAAUUUUUUAACAAAUUAUCAUUUCGUGUGCUAAACAAACCAUAAAUAUUUGGAUGUACAAAAGUUAGUUGAACCCAAAUAAAUCACUGACUUAUGCAACAGUGUCUACUUUUGCAAUUUCCAGUUUAGUUUAUUUUCCAGUUCUAAUUUUUGGGCGCAGGACGCCAGCUAUUCACAUAACAAUACAGUUUCGGUAACUCAUCUAUAUAUUCGAUAUUUAACUAACUGUUGGUUUAAUGUCUGUUUGUAGAGAAUGGUGUAACCUAAAUUAUAUUGUAGCUUCUCUAACCGGUAACCGAAUUGUGAAGUAAGUUAGUGGGUUCUUAAUAUGGGCUCUAUAAGGUGGACUAUACUAAUAUCCCCUAUUUGGUUUACUAAAACGAAAAAGAAUGACUACAUAAACUUAUAUUUAUAUACCUUCCUCCAACAUAGUAUAGAAUCAAAAAUUCUUUUAUUGCAAUAUCCGUUUUAGGCAUUCUGUAUCAAAAAUACCAUACGUAUAGAUUUAUAUUACUGUUAUAGCCACCCAUGUAUCUAAAUAAGUUUACUUAAUCUAACGUGUCUAAAUAAGUAAACUUAAUCUAAUGUGUUACAAUAUAUUCAAGAUUUAUUGUUUAAUUUGGACAGAAAUUUUAUUGUUCCAUAUAUACCAGACGAUCUCAACUUGCUUCGCAAGCGAAAAGUAUAUACUCUUCCCUCCGCAUACUGAAUGCAAUAAAUUUCGGAAAAUAGAAUAUGUUAAGUCUAAUAUUACGAUGCCCUAUAGUUGGUAUCCUAUAUAUAUGUUAAUAACUCGGAGUAAAAAGCAAAAAGAUCAAACUCUUUCAACUUACAAAUUCCUCAUGAGCUCUAUCAUGUUUUUCUCUGAAUUUGAGCUCCCUCUCAAAAAUCCUGUAGUCAGAGUGAAGGUAAUCAGUAAAUGGAAGGAUGCUUCUGCAAUAAUCCGUGGGGAAACUCAAAUGCUCAUGGGUGAUGAAAAAGUAUGAUUGAUAUUAUUACCGUUUAUAUUGUAUAAUUUUUGUGGUCGUUUUUCUAAGUGUUAAUUUUAUGUUUGUAUACAGGGUAACACGGUUCUAGGAACUAUUGUCGAUGAAAUAAUGAUCAGAAAUGAAUGCAUCAUGUUUGAAGGAGAAUGGUAUGAGAUCCAUGGUUUCAAACUAAUGUAUAAUUUCCGCCGGUUUAGGGUUACUACAAAUCGCUUCCAUGUUUUUACUGGUGAGAAUACUAUUAUUAAUAACGUCCCAGCAAGAACUGAUUGCAACUAUUAUGGUUUUAAAGAAUUUAAAACCAUAUUGAGAGGCCUUGCCCAUCCUAUGUACUCUGUAGGUAUGUUGUUUUUAAAAGUUUAAACGUCAAAUUUCCUUAUGUUAAUAAUAUUUCUUUGACACUUUCAUAUGUAUAUUUAUGUUUUACAUUGUGUUAUCCUAUAUCACUUAUCUUUACUCUAUUCAAUAGACGUCUACGGAGCUAUGGUGAGUGUUGGUGAUCUAGAACAUUUUGGAGCCCCUGGAGGGCCAAUGAUACCGAAAAUGCGUUUUAGCUUGGUCAAUCCUGGGUGAGUUCAAGUGUUACUUUAAUCCGUUGUUUAUGACACAAUACAUUUACUAUUUUCCUAAGAUGAUAUGACUCUUAACAUUACAGGUAUAAACAUCUAAACUGUGUUGCAUAUGGAAGGAACGCUGUUGAGAUUGAUGCUUACUGGAAUUAUACAAGAGCAAAUGUUGUUUUGUGUGUCUUGAGUUUUUGGCAAAUCGAAAGGCUCCAAGGUAUAAAUUUUGUUUUAAACCUGUAAAAUUUAUACUUAAUUUAUACGCUGUAAAAUUGGUUCUUAAAUUAUACGUGUUUACCAAAAUAUUUUUUUAUAUUUCAUUAGGUCGAUUGACAUUCAUCACGAACAUUGAAGGAUGUUCGAGGAUUGAAUUCGAACUCAAUAUUCCGGAGAUUAUAGCUUUUCGUCAGCUGUAAGAGCAUUAAUAUAUUUACAAAACACGAUUUUGUUCAUAUCAUUAAAGAUCUCUACUGUUUGUUAAAAAAAAUUGUCCUUUUUUAUCAGGAUUCCACCAAAUGCUUAUUGAUGUCUUGCAACAAGCAUUCGAAGGGAUAAUGAGGAGGACGUAUGGUGUUACAUUUUAUCGCUUUCAGUUUUUUUCUUUCAGUUUUUGAUUUUGCUUUACAAUGUUCCUGGCUUUUAUAACAUAAGAUAAAUUUAUUUCAUAUCUAUUUUUACAAUGCUAAAUGAUAGUUAAUUUUUCACAAGUGCGUUCUUUACUGGGUUGUAUAAUUAAUUAUCUCACUAUUGUGUCAAUAAAGUUGAUGCUAACCGUAUUAGUAGACGUCCUAUUGUCGGAAACAAUACCCUUGGUUCCCACCUCUUCAAUCUUUCUCUGCAAUGUGAAACUCUUAUUCAAUAUAAACUAAAAUAUAUCGUCAACUCAAAUACAUUUAAGGAUAAUUCACAAAGUUUGGCUUUGCUUGAUUGUUUAAGUAUACUCAUAUCAAGCAAAGAAUUUUUAAUACUAAUCAUAAAAAUUUUAUUUCAAUCAAGCAAACAAUCAUUAAAUUUUAACAUUUUUAUCAAGCAUUUGAAUUCAAAUAGAUACUCCUAAAUAGAAUUUAGCUUUGUUGAAAUCAAAUAGGUAAACGAUGGAAUUAGGUUUUCUGUGAAAGCUAUGUCAGAUUUCAACCUAUAUUCGAGACCCGAUUGAAAAAUAAAUAACGAAACAAAUGAAACUCCUUGCAAUUGAGAAUUGAUUUUACAGAUCUCAAAAUAUUAUCAAAUUGACUAACCUUAUAGCUUCUCUUUUUCUGAAUCGAUUGUUUACUCUGUGGAAGACCAGUAACCUUCGAUUGGUAUUAUUGAUUAGGUUUGGAACGUGAAUACGUAUUGCACAGAGAGAGAAAUCAGAAGAUCGGUUUGAAAUGUUCUGAGACGGUGAUAAACGAAACAGUCGAUUCGGGAACGGCAAAUAUGGGAAAAAUUAAAAAUAAUUGGGAAACAAUAUAUCUGCAAUUUGUGUUAAGACAAUGACUUGCUUUUGCCCUCAAAUAUUGGACAAUCAUAAUUAAGGAACAAAUAUAAUCGGGCCUUUCAAUUUAUUUGUUUAUUAUUAUGGCCCAUUAUAUUUAUUCAACUAAUCUAUUAUGUUAUAUAUGUUACGACAAUAUAAUUUACAUAAAUGUUGUGAAAAAUAUUUUUUUUAAUUCCAAGUUCUAUUAAGUUGUGUUAAAGUCUUUAAAAUAAUCAAAUAUAAAUCUUUUAAUAAGAUUAGCUACCAAAAAAAAUGGUAUGGUAUUUUAUUUGUCUUACUAAAAAUAUAUCACAUACUCGGUAAUAAACAAAAAUAUUUAUAGAAAGAUCAUUAUUGAUCGUAAAUACAAUUUAAUCCUCCAAUAUCUAUAAAUACUUAUAUAACGAAAAAAUAAAAACCCUAUAUCUCUUAAUAAAAACCUCACCACAUAUCAGUUUUAUUCAUCUUAUAAUCUAAUUUUUUAAAAUUUUUAAAAAAUCUCACCCCGCGCAAGGCGCGGGUCUAAUCCUAGUAUUUUAGGAUUAGGAAAAGUAUAAUUGCAUACCAAACACCAACAUGAAAACAAUGCAUAUUUUUGCACCAAAUUUUUUUGUCUAAUUAGAAGAGAUGUGUUCUAUAGCAGAGACCUACGUACCUUGUUUUUAGAAGGCUCAGUGACUUGUAAUACUGCUCAUCUUUAGGUACCUGCAGGAAGAAAACAGCUUCAACAUGGUCAUGAAUUCAAACAACAAAAGCGUGAACAACAUCAAAGCAAGGCAAGCUUACUCAACAACUAUAAAUAACAUCAAAGCAAGGCAAAAGCUUAACCUCAGAUAGAACAAGACAAGCUUACACAAAAACAUACAAACAAUAACCAGAAACAUAACAAAAUUAGCUUACACAUUAAAAACAAUCUCCAUGUUGUGGAGCUUAUUUUCAAUGCUCAUCAACAUCAUCUCCUGACAGUUCCUUCCAUCCAUUAGGACCCACGUGGUACACUGAUCCAUAUGACAAGAGAAGAGUAAUACUCCCUCCGUUUUUUAAUGAUAGACUUUUUUUAAAAAAAAAAUUGCUUCAAAAAAAUGUAUUUUUGUGUUUUUUAUGAAAAAAUUGUAAACUUCAAGAAAAUUAAUUGAAUUUAUUG